CCUCAAAUCCCCAUUUCAACCCCACCCUGGCACCCUGCGCUUAAUUCUGAUUGUACGUCUUGAACCCUGUGGAUCCAUCAUUCCACUUUUUUGAUUUCAAAGCAUCCCGACAGCUUGAGCUGUAGUUAUUACGUAUUGUUAGCAAAGCUAUAAAAACCUCAAGAUGCCCCUCCUUGUUACCCCUCAUUGUAUUGACCUCGUUUGAAAGCUUGUGAGCAACACUUACGUACCUUUAAGAGAAUGGCUCCCCCUAAGGUCUUCCUCACCGGUGCCACCGGUUACAUCGGCGGAGAUGUCUUUUACGCCGUGCACCAAGCACACCCCGACUGGAAAUACUCCCUUUUGGUUCGGAGCAAGGACAAGGCAGCCCAGGUUACUAGCAAAUACCCCAAUGUGAGGAUCGUGCUGGGAGAUCUUGACUCGUCCGACAUUAUUGAGGAGGAGGUCAAGAACGCCGAUAUCGUACUCCAUUGUGCCGACUGUGACCAUGUAGCGUCGGCCGAGGCAAUCGCAAAGGGUGCCGCCCACCACACUUCUGAGAAGCCGGUGUGGGUGAUCCACACCUCUGGCACUGGAAUUCUGACUGUUGAGGAUUUCCGCACCAACACCUGGGGCUUUUACCGUUCUAAGGAGCACAACGACUGGGAAGGCGUUGAUGAACUCCUUAACCUCCCCGACGACUCUUUCCACCGCAAUGUUGACAAGAUCAUCAUCGAGGCUAGCCAGCGGAACCCCGAAAGUGUGAAGACCGCCAUCGUCUGCCCUCCCACUAUCUACGGUCCCGGCCGUGGACCGGGCAACCAGAAGAGCGUUCAGGCAUACUGGCUUGCCGCUGCUGUGUUGAAGAGAAAGAAGGGAUUCUUGGUUGGCGAAGGCAAGAACAUCUGGCAUCAGGUCCACGUCCAGGACCUCAGUGACGUAUAUGGUGCUUUGGCAGACGCUGCCGCCGCCGGUGGUGGAAAGGCCACCUGGAACGAUAAGGGCUACUAUCUUGCCGAGAACGGACAAUUUGUCUGGGGCGACAUCCAGCGUGAAGUGGCUAGAGUCGCCUAUGAGAAGAAGCUGAUUCCAUCUCCUGAUGUUGAAUCUCUGUCGGAUGCGCAAGUCUCAGAGCUGAAUGAGUUCGGGCUGUAUGCUUGGGGAAGCAGCUCUAGAGGCCAUGCACUCCGUGCCAGAAAGUUGUUUGGAUGGUCCCCGAGCAAGCCUAGUCUGAAGGAGCUUAUUCCUGAGAUCGUGGACAUUGAGGCUAAGAACUUGGGUUUGCUGUAGAGCACGGCGCAAGAUUGUAAUGUUACUAGCGUAUAAUGAUGGAAUGAAUUCACUAACGAUUCCCGGGUG